AUGGGUUUCAAUGUACCAAUCAUCAAUCGUGAUAGUGACUGGUGUCGUGAAUGGUUGGAUCAAAGGAUCAAAGAGCCGCAUAUACAAAAAAAGCUGGUACUUGUGAUUGUUUCUAUUGCUCUGCUGCUCGACAAUAUGCUCUAUAUGGUGAUUGUACCGAUAAUCCCGAAAUACCUCCGGGAUAUCCACGCUUAUGAUGUGCAAUUUGUUGGGUACCAUAACGAAACGAAGAAGUUGAAAAAUGGUACCAUCGUUGUUCGCAUGACCGGUGGUGAAAUUGACUAUUUGAAUGAGGAUAUUGGACUUGGGUGGCUAUUUGCAUCGAAAGCACUUAUUCAGAUUUUCGUCAAUCCAUUUUCCGGGUAUAUUAUCGACCGCAUUGGUUAUGAGUUCCCCAUGGUUAUCGGUUUAUGCGUAAUGUUCAGUUCAACAGCUAUUUUUGCACUGGGACGAAGCUAUGGUGUCUUAUUUUUCGCCAGAUCAUUACAAGGAUUUGGUUCCGCAUUUGCUGAUACUUCUGGUCUUGCGAUGAUUGCUGAUCGUUUUACAGAAGAAAACGAACGUUCAGCGGCGCUUGGUAUUGCUUUGGCAUUCAUAUCAUUCGGUAGCUUAGUGGCACCGCCUUACGGCUCUGUCCUGUAUUCACUAGCAGGGAAACCGAUACCAUUCCUGAUUUUAUCCUUGAUAUGUCUUUUUGAUGGGUUCAUGGUUUUCAUGGUCAUUCAGCCGAAAACCAAUAACAAACAAGUGAAUACAGCCGGUGAACGAAUACAGGGGACACCAAUGUGGCGUCUAUUUAUGGACAAAUACAUUGCUAUCUGUUCAGGUGCCCUUAUCAUGGCAAAUAUUAGCUUAGCAUUCUUAGAACCCACGAUCACAACAUGGAUGACCGGCGCUAUCCCGGAUACUCCGGCAUGGAUGGUUGGUAUCAUAUGGUUCCCACCAUUCUUCCCACAUGUUCUGGGUGUUUACAUCACCGUCUGUCUCAUGCACCGCUAUCCGCAAAAAGAGUGGCUUUUGGCUGCGAUCGGCUUAGCCAUGGAAGGCUUGAGUUGUUUCGUGAUACCAUUCACCAACUCCGUUCUUCAACUGAUCCUACCCUUAUCAACACUAUGUUUCGGAAUUGCGCUAAUUGACACAUCAUUACUACCAAUGCUCGGAUACUUAGUUGACACACGUCAUGUCAGUGUUUAUGGUAGUGUCUACGCGAUUGCUGAUAUUUCCUACAGUUUGGCAUAUGCAUUUGGGCCGAUUAUUGCUGGCGAGAUUGUCGCAACGAUGGGUUUCUUAGCCCUAAAUAUUAUUAUUUGUGUUCUGAAUUUAGCUUAUGCACCGGUAUUAUCAGUUUUGAGACAGGUCUAUAUAUACCAGCCAUUUGAAGAGAAGCAACAGCAACAAAAACAACAAGCACAAUUCAAUACCAAUGGUAGUAGUAAUGACGGUAUUAUCGGACAAAAUCUCGAUAUAUCACAACAACGGGGUUAUGGUGCCAUCCAACAUCAACGUGAUGAACCGGAGAACCAGUGGAACCUACCAAAAUAUUCUGCUGCUUAUAAAUCGGACGAUCCGUUAAACGUACAGUGGUAA